GUCUGACCAUAUGGCAAGCCUUCAGUUCCACGGCAACGUUGAUGUGGACACCAGGUACGAUGCGUCGCUGGAUCCUGCCCGUGAGCCUGAAUUGUUUGGAAUGCUGAUGGGCGUGCAGCUGGGGAUGGGCAUGGAGCCAUCUCCGAGAUUGCCCAGAUGGUGGCCCAGUUGGCUGCGGUUAGUGGGCGGGCUGAUGGCCAAGACCUACUGCUCGAUAGUGAUCUUGAUCUCGCUCCACUUGUGUCUGCUGUUCACCAAGACGACGCUGGACGUUCUGCCAACGGGCGAGCUGCAGUCCAUCACCGAUGCCUUGACCAUGACCGUCAUAUACUUCUUCACGGGCUACGCAAACAUAUACUGGUGCGUGCGGUCGAAGCGAUUGUUGGCCUUCAUGAAGCAUAUCAAUAGCGAGUAUCGCCACCACUCGCUCGCAGGCGUGACCUUUGUGAGCACUCAAAGAGCCCAAAGGUGGACCCGCAACUUCACGGUCUCAUGGGUCCUAGCCUGCCUGUUGGGGGUGCUCCUCUGGGGCUUGUCCCCUCUUAUGCUGGGCGUACGGACUCUUCCCCUUACCUGCUGGUAUCCCUUCGACGCCCUCGCCCCAGGCACUUACAUGGCGGUGUAUGCUACUCAGCUAUUCGGGCAGAUUUCGGUAGGCAUCACGUUCGGCUUUGGUGGAUCCCUGUUCGUCGGCGUGUGCCUGCUGAUGCUGGCCCAGUUCGAUGUGCUCUACUGCAGCCUGAAGAACCUGGAUGCGCACUCCAAGCUGCUCUCGGGCGAGACGAUUAGGGGGCUGGGUCUGCUGCAAGAAGAGCUGCUCCAGGGCGCCUCCACGCGGGAGCUGAAUCAAUAUGCUGUGCUCCAGGAGCAUCCCACAGAUCUCCUGAGAAUCUCCCCGGGAUCGCAUCACCUUGGGCAGGUGAAAGUGUUUCACAGUGCUCUCGUGGAGUGUGUGCGUCUGCAUCGCUUCAUCCUGUACUGCUGCGCGGAGCUGGAGAACCUAUUCAGCCCGUACUGCCUGGUCAAGUCCAUGCAGAUCACACUACAGCUUUGUCUGCUGAUGUUCGUGGGCGUGUCCGGCAGCCGCGAGUUCCUGCGCAUCGUCAAUCAGUUUCAGUACCUGACGCUGACCCUGUUCGAGCUGCUGAUGUUCACCUAUUGCGGAGAGCUGCUCAGUCGGCACAGCGUCCGAUCCGGAGAGGCCUUCUGGAGAGGCGGAUGGUGGAAACACGCCCACCUCCUACGCCAGGACGUCCUGAUCUUUCUCGUUAACAGCCGCCGGGGCGUGUAUGUCACUGCUGGAAAAUUCUACGUGAUGGAUGUGAAUCGCUUGAGAUCGGUUAUAACGCAGGCCUUCAGCUUCUUGACACUCCUCCAAAAGCUGGCCGCCAAGAAGGCCAUCGCGGAGCCCUGAACUGGAACAGCACUCAUCCGCGUUGUCUGUGAAUGUUGGUAUUUAUUUUCCACAUUAAA